AUGAUUCUUCUCUGUGACACCAAGACCGAUGACAACCAGUUGAUUCCCAGUAUUGGCACGGGCUCCAAGUUGUCGCCCUUUCGUAUUGGAGUCACAUGCCACGCCCUGUUAGAAACUUAUGUCACUGUACAACGAGAUCCGCGGUGCACGACGCUGCUUCACAUCGAUAGCACCCAUAGCAUCGUUAAACAGCGCUAUCCCGUCUUCGUGUUUGGGGUUUCGGACUGCCGGUGUAAGUUUUUCCCGAUUAUUUACUUUUGUACUUCUCAGCGCACUGGAGUUGAUGUGGAAUGGUGCAUCAAGUUUACCAAGCGCAUCGUCUGGGAGAAGUUCUUAGUCAGUUUUUCGCCAGCGUUUGUCAUGUCCGACGCGGAUAAUGCACAAUACAACGCGUGCAAAGCUGCUCUACCUGGCUCCAAGUUUUUAAUGUGUUGGUUCCAUGUCUGCCAAAAUGUGAAAGACCUCACACAAGGCAAACUGGAAGCAGUGAUCAUUGAUAUGAUUUUUCGCGACCUCAACAACCUCCACUACUCCCGAAAUGAAGAAGAAUAUUUGAAGAGGAGGGAGAACGUGCUUGCUGCGUGGCGCGCAGCUUCGAAGUUUUGUGUGGCAUUCCAAAAAGUAGCGGGUCACAUCAUUGAUCAAUGGAUUUUGCACCCUCGUUUCAGCCACUGGCAAGCCUUUCGGACUCCACCAGGUUAUGCGGCGACAAAUAACCCGCUUGAGCAGUACCAU